CACUGGUGGGAGGGCAGGGCACAGCCCCUCUGUGUCCCUUUGUCUCUCCUGUCUGAAGGCCAGAGCAGGCUGCUAGGCCUGGGGCCACCACUGCCCCGGGGUGCACACCCAGUGUGCUGGGUCACUGGGACUUCCUGAAGUGGUGUCACCUCAACGGGGCUCCCAAGGAUGGGGUGCGGGCAAUACUGCAGGAAGAGGAGCAGCCCCAGUGAAGACUGAGAGGUCUGGGACGCCCCUGCGGCUUGGGAGAGUUGGGGGGAUCCCCAGGCAGGGAAAAGCCCCUAUUGCCACCACUUUGUGCCAGAGACUCAGGCUCCAGAGAGGCAGAGAGUGGUGUCGGGGGUGAGGCUGGGGCUCUGGGCCUGACCUCCACAUGACUGCCUGGCGUCUGUUUGCCAUGGGGUGGGAGAGACAGUGCCGGGACUCGGAGCGGGGCUGGGAGAGAGAGAGUGCUGGAAAGGGCCUGGGUGGGGCUUGGACUCUGGCGCGGGCUUUCUGGAGAGCCCCCUACGCAGGCCUCUUCAGCAGUGAUGGGGUGGGGGCGCUCCUGCAAACCUUGGUCAGUGAGCGGAGCGGGCCCGGGUGGAAGAGACACUGGGCUCAGUCAGGGAUGUGGGGGUGAACGCGGUGGUGCGGGCUGGGGGUCAAGUGCCUUCUGAAGUGACGGGGCCGGGACACGCAGGGAGGCGGCCCAGAAGGCGCGCCACAGAAUGCGCUCGGCCGCGACUAGGACAACACGGGGGGUGGGGGCGGCGGCCGGGCGGGGAGCUGUCCCGCGCCCUCGGCUACCCCCAAACGCCGUUGUUUCCCUAACUUCAGCUGCCAGGGGCUCUGUGAUUGGCUGCCGGACGACGGCCUGCACACGGAUUCGCUGCUUCGGGCCGGGGGGCCGGGCCCGGGGGACAGAAUCCGCCCCCGAACCUUCAAAGAGGGUACCUCCCGGCCGGAGCCGGCAGACCGAGGAGGUGCGACAGACCCGCGGGGCAAACGGGCUGGGGCCGGGAGCCGGGAGUGCGGGCGUAAAGGCACCAGGGCCCGCCCAGGGCGCCGUGCCACAAGGCCUGGGGGAUUCUGGGGACCGUCGGGCGCGCGUCUCGCCUCUAGCCAUGGGGUCGGCAGCUUUGGAGAUCCUGGGCCUGGUGCUGUGCCUGGUGGGCUGGGGGGGUCUGAUCCUGGCGUGUGGGCUGCCCAUGUGGCAGGUGACCGCCUUCCUGGACCACAACAUCGUGACGGCGCAGACCACCUGGAAGGGGCUGUGGAUGUCGUGCGUGGUGCAGAGCACGGGGCACAUGCAGUGCAAGGUGUACGACUCGGUGCUAGCUCUGAGCACUGAGGUGCAGGCGGCGCGGGCACUCACCGUGGGCGCCGUGCUGCUGGCGUUCGUUGCGCUCUUCGUGACCCUGGCGGGCGCGCAGUGUACCACCUGCGUGGCCCCAGGCCCGGCCAAGGCGCGUGUGGCGCUCACGGGCGGCGUGCUCUACCUGCUCUGUGGGCUGCUGGCGCUCGUGCCGCUCUGCUGGUUCGCCAACAUUGUCGUCCGCGAAUUCUACGACCCGACUGUGCCCGUGUCGCAGAAGUACGAGCUGGGUGCAGCGUUGUACAUCGGCUGGGCAGCCACUGCGCUGCUCAUGCUAGGAGGCGGCCUCUUGUGUUGCGGCGCCUGGGUCUGCACGGGCCGUCCUGACUUCAGCUUCCCUGUGAAGUAUUCAGCGCCGCGGCGGCCCACGGCUACCGGCGAUUACGACAAGAAGAAUUACGUCUGAGGGCACCAGGCAUGGCGGGGCCCUCCUGCCAGCCACGCCUGCGAUGCACUGGAUGAGCCUGGGGAGCCCCGCAGGGACCACGGCUUCUGCUGGGUCGCACCUCGCGCAGGCUCCGCGGAGCGUCCGGCUCUGCACCCAGACGCGGCUCCUGGCCUGCCUGCGCCCGCAGCCGGCCCUCUUCUGCCACCAGCCGGGCCCUACCUUGAACAGAUGGACUUGGACAGUUUCCUUUUCUGUUUGCGGCGCUGUCUCCACGGGCAGAGCCGGUGUCAGACUGAGGAUGCCACUUUCCCCUGAAGAUGCUGGGGUUCUUGGCUGCUGCCUUACUUUCUAGAGGCUCCUGCUGACUUCGGAGGGGCGGAUGGAGAGCCCAGGCCCCCACCAGAGAUUUGUACAGCUGGUCUUUACCCCAUUGGCGGGGCCUGAGGCCAGGGACCAGUGACUUGGCCAGGACCUCCCAGUCUCACUCCAGCAUCUCCCCAGGCAAGGCUUGCGGGCACCGGAGUUGGAGAGCGGGUGGGAGUGGGAAGGCUAAGAAUCUGCUUAGUAAAUGAUUUGAACUCUCUCC